UAACCCUUGGCUCAGUCCUCAAUGGCCAGCUUGGCAGGCUAGGACCUGCGCACCUGCUGCCUCCCAGGGGACGCACUUGCAGGAAGCUGGAAUCCUAGGCCUGUACCCAGGCUUUCUGAUGGCAGCCCGGGCAUGUCCACCGCUGUGCCCGACACCCUGCCUUCUUCCCACUGAUCUGCUUGCUACCUUCGCCCAGCAUCCUCUAAGGCAUCCACGGCCCCGAUGGAGAACGCAUCACUGACCUAUGAGUACGGGGACUACGGCGACCUUCUGGAUCUCCCUGUGGACUGCCCAAAUGGCAUGUGCCUCUCCCACAACUCGCGCCAUGUGACCCCUCUCGUGCUCUAUGCCGCCAUCUUCCUGGUGGGAGUGCCAGGCAACGCCAUGGUGAUCUGGGUGACCUGGAAGGAGGCCGGCCGGUCAGCUGGGGCCCCCUGGUUCCUGAACUUGGCCGUGGCGGACUUGCUGUGCUGCCUCUCCCUGCCCAUCCUGGCUGUGCCCAUAGCCCAGGGUGGCCACUGGCCAUAUGGGGCCGUGGGCUGCCGGGCACUGUCCUCUGUCAUGUUGCUGUCCAUGUAUGCCAGCGUCCUGCUCCUGACCGCCCUCAGUGCUGACCUCUGCCUGCUGGUGCUCCGGCCCUCCUGGCAGAUGGCGACGUGGCGGACCCGUGGGGUGCAGGUGGCCUGCGGGGCAGCCUGGGUGCUGGCCUUGCUGCUCACGGUGCCCUCUGCCAUCCACCGGCGGCUGCACCAGGAGCACUUCCCGGCCCGGCUGGAAUGCGUGGUGGACUACGGGGGUUCGGUGGUGACUGAGAAUGCCGUGGCGGCCAUGCGGUUCUUGGGCGGCUUCGUGGGGCCACUGGUGGUUGUAGCCGGCUCCCUUGGGACUCUUCUUUGCCGAGGGAACCGACGACAGCGGUCACUGGCCAUGGCUGUCAUCGUGGGUUUUUUUGUUUGCUGGACCCCCUACCAACUGCUGGGGCUGGUCCUGUCCAAGGCCCGCCCGGUCUCCAAGCUCCUGGUUCAGGCCCUGAAGGUGGAACCAUUUGUGGUGGGCCUUGCCCUUGCCCACAGCUGCCUCAACCCCCUGCUUUUUCUGUACUUUGGGAGGGCUCAGCUCCGACAGUCGCUGCUAGCUGCCUUCCGCUGGGCCCUGAGGGACACGCAGGGCCAGGACGCAAGUGUCAUUAGCAAGACCUUCACCAGCCGGGAACCGGUGUCUGAGAUGCGGGUGUAGGCUGGGCGGAUGCUGCCUUCUCCCUGCCUAACCCAUUCUGCAAUUCUGGCUUCAGGCAUGAUGGGAUCCAGGAACUCAAUGCUAUCCUUGCUGUGUGCAAGGUGCGGAUACAGGCACAGGACAGUGACAGUGAACAAGACAUACCUGUGCUCUGGGAGCUGACACUAUAGGGGGGAGGGAAGGGGACAGACAGACGCAAGAGUAGGGGGGAUUCUGAGGGGCCCAAGAGGGCUGCG